AUGGUGCUGCUGCUGCUGGUGGCCAUCCCGCUGCUUGUGCACAGCUCCCGCGGGCCGGCGCACUACGAGAUGUUGGGUCGCUGCCGCAUGGUCUGCGACCCUCACGGGCCCCGAGGCCCGGGCCCAGACGGCACCCCCGCUUCCGUGCCUCCCUUCCCGCCGGGCGCCAAGGGAGAGAUGGGUCGCCGGGGAAAGGCAGGCCUGCGGGGGCCCCCGGGGCCACCAGGUCCCCGAGGACCCCCAGGAGAGCCCGGGAGGCCCGGUCCCCCGGGUCCUCCGGGCCCCGGCCCCGGCGGGGUGGCGCCCCCUGCCGGCUACGUGCCUCGCAUUGCCUUCUACGCCGGCCUGCGGCGACCUCACGAAGGGUACGAGGUGCUACGUUUUGACGACGUGGUGACCAACGUGGGCAAUGCUUAUGAGGCAGCCAGCGGCAAGUUCACCUGCCCCAUGCCGGGCGUCUACUUCUUUGCUUACCACGUGCUCAUGCGGGGCGGCGACGGCACCAGCAUGUGGGCCGACCUGAUGAAGAACGGACAGGUGCGGGCCAGCGCCAUAGCACAGGACGCCGACCAGAACUACGACUACGCCAGCAACAGCGUCAUCCUGCACCUGGAUGUAGGCGACGAGGUUUUCAUCAAGUUGGACGGCGGGAAGGUGCACGGCGGCAACACCAACAAGUACAGCACCUUCUCAGGCUUCAUCAUCUACCCGGACUGA